AAGGGGUCUGCAAGGAAGGAGGGAUGUCACGCUCUGAAUCUGGCUGAGAAAGUAAUCCCUGGUGUGAUGCACGUUUACUUUCGGAUAAUAGGUUAACCAGAGUGUGUGUAAAGGGCCAAAACUGACCAAAUCAGCCACGGUGGUGCGUAAAACUUGACCAAAUAAGAGAGAAGCUUGUGUAUGAUGUGGCGGAGCUGCGUGUUGGUGCUGGUGGUCGCGGGGGCCGUGAGGGCCCAGUUCCCCCGGGAGUGCGUCACCCCGGAGGGGCUCCGCAGCGGCCAGUGCUGCCCGUCCCCCCCCGGACUCUCCGACCCCUGCGGCUUCGGCGCGGGACGCGGCCAGUGCGUGUCCGUGGCGGUGGACACGCGGCCCCACGGGCCCCAGUACCCGCACGACGGCCGGGACGACCGGGAGCGCUGGCCCGUCCGGUUCUUCAGCCGCACCUGCCAGUGCAACGGCAACUUCAGCGGAUACAACUGCGGCCGCUGCAGGCACGGACUGACGGGGCCGAACUGCGACCAGAGGGUCGCUGUGGUGAGGAGGAACGUGAUGCAGCUCAGCGCGGAGCAGAAGCGCGCCUUCGUGGACGCGCUGGACCGGGCCAAGCGCACCGUGCACCCGGACCUGGUGAUCGCCACCCGCCACUACCAGGGCAUCUUCAGCCCGGACGGAAACAGCACGCUGUUCGAAAACGUCACCAUCUACAACUACUUCGUGUGGUCCCACUACUACUCCGUCAGCAAGACGUUCCUGGGCGCGGGCCAGGCCAGUUUUGGGGGGGUGGACUUCUCCCACGAGGGGCCCGGGUUCCUGUCCUGGCACAGGUACCACCUGCUCCAGCUGGAGAGAGACAUGCAGGACAUGCUGCAAGACCCCUCCUUUGCCCUCCCUUACUGGAACUUUGCCAUCGGUGGAAGCACAUGUGACAUCUGCACGGAUGACCUGAUGGGAGCCCGGAGCAAUUUUGACAUGAAUUCCCUCAGUUCCAACUCCAUCUUCUCCCAGUGGAGGGUUGUCUGCGAAGGAGUGGAAGACUACGACACACUGGGGACCAUCUGCAACAGCACGGAGAGUUCCCCCAUCAGAAGAAACCCUGCUGGAAAUGUCAAUAGGCCCAUGGUUCAGCGUCUUCCAGAGCCCCAGGACGUGGCCGCCUGUCUGCAAGUUAACACUUUCGACACUCCACCCUAUUACUCCACCUCCUCUGAAAGCUUUAGAAACACCAUUGAAGGCUACAGCGCCCCCCAGGGGAACUACGACCCCGUCGUGAGGAGCCUGCACAACCUGGCUCACUUGUUUCUGAAUGGGACGGGAGGACAGACUCACCUCUCCCCCAACGAUCCCGUCUUUGUCCUCCUCCACACCUUCACUGAUGCCAUAUUUGACGAAUGGUUGAGGAGACAUGGUCCAGAUUUAGCCGUUUAUCCAGAAGAAAAUGCUCCCAUUGGUCACAACAGGCGCUACAACAUGGUGCCCUUCUGGCCUCCAGUGACCAACGCUGAGAUGUUUUUACCUGCGCCUGAAAAUCUUGGCUACUCUUACGAAGCUGAAUGGCCUGGUCAAGCUUUAACUCUGACUGAGAUCAUAACCGUGGCGAUAGUCUCUGCCCUUGUGGUCGUCGCAGUCAUUUUUGCUGCCACCACGUGCAUUGUGCGCGCCAGGUCCUACAAGAUGGAGGGCCGCCAGCCUCUGCUCGGAGAUCAGUACCAGCGGUACGACGAUGAAAAAAGCCAAUCUGUGGUCUAAGAUUGGCCUAAGAAGCCCCACCUAUGUGCCUUUUCUCUUUCUUUUUCCAAUGACAAAGCUAUGCACUUUGUCACGUGUAUAUUUUCUCACUAAAAAUAUAAUUUUCUUACUGAAUGCAAAUAAAAAAGUCCCAGACUACAUCUUUGCAAAACCUGCAAAGAUAUUCUCUUUUGAAUCUAUCUUAAAUAUGUAAAAUGUGUUCUUUUCAUAUGUCCUUGAACAAAUAGUGAUUUUCCUUGAAAUAUAAGCUUUCUUGACAUUAAACUUAAAGUGAUCACAUGUAGAGAGUACAAAGGUGGAUGCUGAGA